AUGCUAGGUGCUCUGCUGGAAGUGGACGAGACGGAAACCGCCAUGACCACAAAAGUGUACAGAGGCUGGAACGUGUUGGACCCAAUUGUCGAUCUGAGAGGAUGCUGGCCAGGUUGCCCCUACUUGGUCCACGGAGAUCGGAGCCCACAAGCAGUGCAGGGACCACCCUUGAAGCUGUGCCAGGUGGACAUGGGCAUCGCCCGGGGGGGGGUCGGGGAGGAGGCCACCACCGCCUCCUGCCAGCGAAGCGCACACGUGGUGACCCGUUUGGGGCCGGGUUCCCAGCUCCCGGCUCCUCCUCUCGGUCCGCGGUCCCCUCACUGCAGUAUCACGUGCGCCCGGGCCGGGUGCAGGAUGGCGGCGGCGGCAGCGGCGGCGGCGGCGGCGGCGGCGGCGGCAGCAGUGGCUGGUGCCAGUCUUCGGUGCUGCUGCAGCCGGGGUGCAGUGUUCUUGCUGUUUUUCUCCCUGUCCCCUCAACCUCCGGCCUCGGCCGCUUGGCUGCUGGGGUUGAGGCCGGAGGACACCGCGGGAGGCCGCGUCUCCCUGGAGGGGGGCACCCUGCGCGCUGCCGAGGGGACCAGUUUCCUAUUGCGGGUCUAUUUUCAGCCGGGCGCAGCGACGAGCGCAGCGCUGCUCCCUGCCCCGACCCGCUCCUCGGGGGAGAAUGACACCAGCGACUGGGCCCCGAGGCUCGUGUUUAUCGAAGAACCCCCCGGAAGCGGUGUCGUGGCCCCCAGCUCCCUCCCGAGCCGACCCCCGGGGCCUCAGAGGUGCCGCGAGCAGAGCGGCUGGGCAUCGGACGUGGAGGUCCUGGGUCCCCUGCGGCCGGGCGGCGCAGCGGGUUCGGCUCUGGUCGAGGUGCGGGUGCGAGAGCUGCGCAAGGGGGAGGCGGAGCGGGCCGGCUCAGGAGGCCGCGGGAAGCUCUUUUCGUUGUGCGCCUGGGACGGGCGCGCUUGGCACCACCACGGCGCGGCUGGCGGCUUUCUGCUGCGAGUCAGGCCGAGGCUGUACGGCCCGGGCGGGGAGCUGCUGCCCCCGGUCUGGCUGCGGGCUUUAGGGGCGGUCCUGCUGCUCGCCCUGUCGGCCCUCUUCAGCGGCCUGCGCCUGAGCCUGCUCUCUCUGGACCCGGUGGAGUUACGGGUGCUGAGGAACAGCGGCUCGGCGACCGAGCAGGAGCAGGCGCGCCGCGUGCAGGCGGUGCGGGGCCGCGGGACGCAUCUGCUGUGCACCCUGCUGCUGGGGCAGGCCGGAGCCAACGCAGCCCUGGCUGGCUGGCUGUGCGCCUCGUUGCCCCCGAGUGUCGGGGAUGAAGGGGAAGAAGACUGGGGCGGGGGAAGUCACUUUCCCUGGCUGCCCACGCUGCUGUGCACCGGCGCGGUGUUUCUGGGCGCCGAGAUCUGCCCGUACUCCGUGUGUUCCCGGCACGGGCUGGCCAUCGCCUCCCACAGUGUCUGCCUGACCCGGCUCUUAAUGGCUGCUGCCUUCCCGGUGUGCUAUCCGCUCGGCCGCUUGCUGGACUGGGCACUGCGCCAGGAGAUCAGCACCUUCUACACCCGCGAGAAACUACUGGAGACGCUGAGGGCCGCAGACCCUUACAACGAUUUGGUCAAGGAAGAGUUGAACAUGAUCCAGGGCGCCCUGGAGCUGCGGACCAAGGUGGUGGAGGAGGUGCUGACCCCUCUGGGGGACUGUUUUAUGCUCCGCUCGGACGCCGUGCUAGAUUUCUCCACCGUCUCCGAGAUCCUGCGCAGCGGCUACACGCGCAUCCCAGUGUACGAAGGCGACCAGAGGCACAACAUCGUGGACAUCCUAUUUGUUAAGGACUUGGCUUUUGUAGACCCUGAUGACUGUACCCCACUUCUUACUGUCACCCGCUUCUACAACCGGCCCCUUCACUGCGUCUUCAAUGACACUCGACUGGACAUGGUGCUGGAGGAGUUUAAGAAGGGAAAAUCUCAUCUAGCCAUCGUCCAGAGGGUGAAUAAUGAGGGAGAAGGAGAUCCCUUUUACGAGGUGAUGGGCAUCGUUACUCUAGAGGAUAUCAUAGAGGAGAUCAUCAAAUCAGAGAUCCUGGAUGAAACUGACCUGUACACAGACAAUCGGAAAAAGCAGCAGGUCCCUCAUCGGGAGAGGAAGAGACACGAUUUCUCCCUUUUCAAGCUUUCAGACUCCGAAAUGAAAGUGAAGAUUUCCCCACAGCUUCUGUUGGCAACACAUCGAUUUAUGGCCACAGAAGUGGAACCCUUUAAGUCUCUGUACCUUUCGGAGAAGAUCCUGCUUCGGCUCCUGAAACAUCCCAACGUGAUCCAAGAGCUGAAAUUUGAUGAAAAGAACAAGAAAGCACCCGAGCACUACCUCUACCAGCGCAACCGCCCCGUGGAUUAUUUUGUGCUCCUUUUGCAGGGUAAAGUGGAAGUAGAAGUUGGUAAAGAAGGCCUUCGCUUUGAGAAUGGAGCCUUCACUUACUACGGUGUGCCAGCUAUCAUGACCACUGUGUGCUCAGAUAAUGAUGUGCGGAAGGUUGGAAGUCUGGCUGGAUCCUCUGUCUUUUUGCCUGUCUCAGUGUCCCGUACCUUCGCCUUCAGCAGAGGGGAAUCCUUGGCAGGCUCCCCAGUAAACCGAUCCCCUUCUCGCUGCAGUGGGUUGAACCGCUCUGAGUCUCCAAACCGAGAGCGCAGUGACUAUGGGGGCAGCACCACCCAGCUGUACAGCAGCAACAACCUCUACACGCCUGACUACUCAGUCCACAUCCUCAGUGAUGUGCAGUUUGUGAAGAUCACUCGACAACAGUAUCAGAAUGCACUCACCGCUUGCCACAUGGACAGCUCCCCUCAGUCUCCAGACAUGGAGGCCUUUGCCGAUGGAGAUUCCACCAAGGCACCAACUUCUCGUGGAACCCCACAGACCCCUAAAGAUGACCCUGCCAUCACCCUUCUCAAUGACAGGAACAGCCUUCAGUGUAACCGGACAGAUGGUUUAAAGAGCCCUAGUGAAGCAGUGUACCUGAAGAUGGAAGAGAUCUCCUUCGUACAGGAGGGAGUGAAUGCCAAGGAGGAGUGCAGAAGCCCUCAGUUUGUGCUCCCAGCCACUGCUCUUCCACCCAGACCAGAAACAGACAGUGAAUGUUGUAAUCUCAUCUUGGACUCAGAUGACCCUAACCUGGGGAGUGUGACCAGCCCCUCCAGCAGUGACUUUGAGGAGACACUGGGCAAGAAGUUGCUGAGAACUUUAAGUGUUGGAAAAAGGAAGAGGUCGUCAGAUGGGGAGAGGACCCCAGAGGAGAAUUCCAAUUUAACACCUCUAAUCACAUGACAGGAAGUGAUGCUUGAACAUUAGGUGGGUGGAUGGUUUUCCACACGCUUUGGGAAAGACCAUCCUUCUAUCAUCUCCUCCAUCUCCAGAGACCUGCCAAAGGCAAUAAGGCACCAUGUUUUUUUUCCUCCAUGUUUCCUAGCCGUCAAUUUCAGCAAAUAUUUCCUCUCACCUCCAUCCUGGCUCAGAGCCUUGCUGUUGUUAUAAAGGAAACCAGUGCCUUGAAUGGAAUAUUAUGGAAAUGGUUCUGACACCACGAAGUAAAGAAGUGACCACAGCUUGCCAGCUCUCCCUUCCCCAUCUCUUCCAGUUCCCUGGGGGAUCUUUGGGAUCCCCUGAUGCUGGGUUAGGCCAUCUGUUUUCACUUCAUCGGCCCUUUCUCUAGGAAAGAAAGCCAUUGUUGACCCAAUUGAAACAUCUACACAUGACUCAGCUCCAGGUGGGCCAGAGGCUGGAGAGGCAGGUGAGAGAAUUGGCCCAGGAGAGGGAGUAGAA